GAAGGCACGAUACCCAAUAUAUCAAAGAAAAAAAAAACCACUGCUUCUUUUACCUUCUCUUUUCUUCUUCUCUUCUUCCACGUCCACGCGUAUCCACACAACAUCUAUACAUAUACAUCAACUUCCACAUCUAUAUUCCCUCUCUUUGCUUCCAUUAAACUCCAAGAAGAUCUCUGCUUUUCAUUAUAUUUCAUCCUAUAAUAGUAUUAUCAAUGGAGAAGGAAGACUUGUACGCUGUUAUGAAUUUGGACAACGAAUGUUCACAAGGAGAUCUCAAACUUUCUUACAAGAACCUUGUUCUGAAAUGGCAUCCAGAUCGGUUUCAUGAAGAGAUUGAGAAAGACGAAGCCAAGAUGAAGUUCCAAUCCAUUCAACGAGCCUACUCUGUUUUGUCGGAUUCGAACAAGAGGCUGCUGUAUGACGUCGGUGCGUAUGAUAGUGAUGACGACGAAACUGGAAUGGCUGAUUUCAUAAAUGAGAUGGUGACACUAAUGGCUCAAACUCAAUCUACGGGUAACGAAAGCUUAGAGGAAUUUGAAGAGUUGUUUGAAGAACUAUUGAAGGAUGAUGUGAAAGAUCAAUUCAUCAAAACUCGUUCAUCUUCGUAUUCGCCAUUUAGUAGCGCGUCUACUACUACGGUCCAUAGCGAUGAUUUAUCAAAUGAUAUACCCAACAAAAUGAACACUCGUGACAAAACUAUGGUUGUAUAAGUUCUAGUAAGGUAGUAGGGUGGUCCAUGGACGAGAUUUCCAAGUUGGCAAUAGAAGAUCUAAGAAGUAGAGCAUUAACAUUCAAUUUUUUUUUUGUUUGUUUGUUGGAACUUGAUUUUUAUUUAAUUUUCGUUGUCGUGUUGCUAAGAUAUGGUAUGUAUACAAUAAGUUGAACCUUCUAGUUCUAGGUCGUUUGAACCUUAUUUUUGAGGUAUGUAAGGUUCGUGAGAGAGAAUGAGUUUGUGUCUACUACAUUAAAACACAAUGCAUACGAAAAGUGUACAAGAAAACCUAAAAACCAAUAAAAUAAAUAAUAGACAGGAAUCUAGCUAUUCGAUAAAGCUAGAAGACUCGUAUU